UCACAACAUUGCUUUUCAUAAGCCUUUGCGUAUAAAAAUUUGUGAUAAUAGCUAGGUGAUUGCUGAGGGACAUGACAAGAGGCAGCGGGGUCGCAAAGUCAAAGAUAUUUCUGGUUAGUUCAUACUGCAGGGAAGCUAAGAGAGUGGAUCAUCAACGUCAAUUCAGCAAGAUGAAGGGAGCUGCAGAGAAAAUUUCAGGCGGAAACGAGAGUGACAGUGAGGAGACUAGUAGUGGCAGCCCAUCAUGGAGGUGCAACUGGGUUCCACAUCCAAGAACAGGAAUAUAUGUUCCCCAAGGGCAUGAAGGGGUGAUGGAUGAUGUCCCCAAGGAAGCUGCUUCUGUCAACCCAACUUUCUGGCUCCGGAACGUCGACGGAGUACUCGAGAAACCGGACCCGGACACUGCUCCGGAUCAUUACUAUCAGUACAUGCAUAUGUGAGAUCAUUUGAGAAAAAAUAUUCAAUCAUCACUAUAUCUAUAAAACUAAAGUAUCUAAUAUUAUUAGAAAGGGUUUAUUGUGAACAAUAUGGCCUAAUUAUAUAUUGUGGCCGGAUUUACUAUUUAAAUAAGAUCGGUGCCCUUACGAACAAUAUCAUAUAUAUAAUAUAUACUAAGCUAGCCCUUGUAUAAAUUGUACUCUUUGAAUACGUAUGUACAAUGCAUGGCUACGUACACGAGUACAAUAUUCCCCAGUUC